AUGGAGCAUAAUUUACCAAAAUCUUCUCCACUUGGAAUUCCUAUUGGAACUUCUUCCAAAGGUGUCACCAAUUCACCCAAUAUGGGCCAACCCAUGAGUUCAUCUUAUGAAAAUCGUUGGCUCUCAGCUAAUGAAGAUAUCAACAAAAAGAAUUCAGUUGUACGUAGAAAGAGUAUUACUUCUGAAAAUAAAUCAACAGCAAAAGAUACCACAAAAAAGAAAGAAAAUAACACGACACCAGCAACAACAACGAAACCUCAUGGUGAAUUUCCAAAAAAAUCUCAAAAGGAAAUGACAAAAGCUGAACGUCGAGCACUUCAAGAAAAGCAAAGACUCGAGAAAGCAAACCGCAUCGCAGCUGGAUUACCAAAAUCUGCUAAACAAGCUGCUGAAUUAGAAGCUAAAAAAGCUGCUGCUGCUGCUGGUGGUGGUGCUGGUGCUGCUUCAGCAAAAUCCUCAACUCAUCAUCAACAAGGAGACAAUAGUGGUUUAGAUGUGAACAGUAAUAGACAAACGAAUAAAAAGAAGGCGUUAUCAAAGAAUCAACAAAAUCAAGUGCCUUGGUUAGUUCAUUUAGAAGCACCAAAGACAAAUGAUGCUUUGACAAAGGACCUUCAUCCUGCUGUCCUUCAACUUGGUUUGUACUUUUCUGAACAUAAGAUUGUUGGCUCAAAUGCUCGUUGUGUAGCUAUGUUGGAAGUUUUUUCAAAGGUUAUUUCUGAUCAUAAACCUCCCUCAGAUGCUACAUUCUCGAGACACAUUCAAAAACACCUUGACCCUCAUAUUGCAUAUCUUCUCAGCAUUCGUCCUAUGUCUUUAAGUAUGCGUGAAUGUAUUCGUUGGUUGAAAAAGGAAAUGGCAGAUAUUGUAGAGGAGGAUCCUCCAUUGAGCGAUGAUGAUGCACGUAAACGAUUAAUAGAACGUAUUGGACAUUUUAUUCGUGAAAGAAUUACGAUGGCUGAUAAGUUAAUUGUUCAAAAUGGAUUACAAAAGAUUCAAGACGGCGAUGUUAUUUUGACUUAUGCCAAGUCAUCUGUAGUAGAAAGUUUAUUAUUAGAAACAAAGAAAAAGGGCAUUGAUUUUAAAGUGAUUGUAGUCGAUAGUCGUCCUUUAUUUGAAGGGAAACGUCUUUUACGUCAAUUAGUAGAUGCUGGUAUAGAUUGUUCUUAUUAUUUAUUAUCUAGCGUUUAUAUUGCUCUCAAGUCAGUCACCAAAGUCAUCAUGGGCGCACAUGCUCUCUUAAAUAAUGGGGCUGUUUAUUCUCGUAUUGGAAGUUCAAUGAUUGCUAUGGCUGCAAGUGAUAAACAAAUUCCUGUCAUGAUUUGUUGUGAGACAUAUAAGUUUGUUAAUCGUACACAAGUCGAUUCCUUUGUUUUAAAUGAAUUAGGUAAUCCUGACGAUUUGGUGAAUACAAAAUCAACACAUUGGAUAGAUGAUGAAAAGGCAAAUAAUUCUGCUGUAUUGGCUACAUGGAGAGAUCAACCUGACCUUAGAUUACUCAAUUUAUUAUAUGAUGUUACCCCUUCCAAGUAUAUUACUUUAGUAGUUACCGAAGUAGGGCUUAUUCCCUGUACAUCUGCUCCUGUUAUUUGGCGUGAAUACAAGUAA